GAGGUCGGACAUGGAUCAUCUGGAGCGCUGCGCGUGGUUCCUCCGGGGGACCCUGGUGCGGGCGGCCGUGCGGCGCUACCUGCCAUGGGCGCUGGUGACGUUCAUGCUGAUGGGCUCCGUCCUCAAGGAGCUGUCCCCGCUGCCCGAGAGCUACCUCAGCAACAAGCGCAACGUCCUCAACAUGUAUUUUGUCAAAGUAGCCUGGGCCUGGACCUUCAGCCUCCUGCUGCCUUUCAUUGCCCUCACCACCUACCAGCUGACUGGCAAGCCCAGGCUGGUCCUGCAGCGGCUGACCACUCUGCUGGUGGGCACGGCCAUCUGGUACGGGUGCACCACGUUCUUCCACAACGUCGAGCACUACACGGGCAACUGCUACGGCUCGCCCGCCCUGGAGGGGCUGCGGAGGGAGCACCGGAGCAAGCAGCAGUGUCACGGGGCGGGCGGCUUCUGGCACGGCUUCGACAUCUCGGGCCACUCCUUCCUGCUGACCUUCUGCGCCCUCAUGAUCGUGGAGGAGAUGGCCGUGCUGCACGGGGUGAAGACGCGGCGCGAGCAGCGCCUGCACGCCGCCAUCACCAGCCUGGUCAUCGCCCUGGGCGCCCUGACCUUCCUCUGGGUGCUGAUGUUCCUCUGCACAGCCGUUUACUUCCACGACUUCGCCCAGAAAGUGUUCGGGACCCUGUUCGGCCUGCUGGGCUGGUACGGGACCUAUGGGUUUUGGUAUCUGAAAGCCUUCUCCCCCGGACUUCCUCCCCAGAGCUCCGGUUUCAGUUCGAAGCGGGACAAUUACAAGAAAUAAAGGGGAAGCAAAGGGGACAGCAGCGGGGUGCCGGCCGACACCCCCCCCCUCCACGUCUGGGUCUUAGUUAGGCGGCCACGUGGUCCGGUCUCCUGGAGCAGAGAGGACAGUCUGGGCUGAGGUGGUAGGUGGGGUCCCGGGCAUGAGUGUCCUGCCUCGACUCGUCCUGGCGAUGUUGGCCUGCGCCACAGACACCCCUUCAGCCUGGCCCUGGGUGUCCCUGCGAGGACCUGACCGUCGUCGCAUAGGACACCCCUUCUGUCUCCAGAUGGCGGGGCGCUCCCGGUGCUUGGCCGUGGGGAGGUCAGGGCCUCGGGACUGCUCACCCCAUCUUCCUGACCCCGGGGGUGGUCUUGCUUGGAAUCCGUGUUAAAUGCUGAUAUUUAAAAAAGGUUGUCCCCCGCCCCCCCCAACUUCCCACCAGGCCCAUUUGGCCCAAGCUUCGAGUUCCGGCCAGGUUCUAGAAAACCGCCGGUCACCUGAAACACCA